AGACAUCUGAAGGCGAGGCUGAAAGGGUCUGAGCAGAGAAGGAGAGUGUGUGUGUGUGUGUGUGUGUGUGUGUGUGUGUGUGUGUGUGUGUGUGUGUGUGUGUGUGUGUGUGUGUGUGUGAGUUUGGAAAAAAAAAAGAGAAGAGGGGGGUGGGUGGUUUGGAGGUCUGGAGCGGGGAACGGUGAGAUUCAUGCUGUGUUAGCAUCCCCUCAGCAACUCCAUCAAUACUGCAUACAGCUGAGAAACUGGCAAAGGUCCUCCGUGCUGCGCUUGCAGACCACACCAGGGAAAGAGAGCAACUCCCACGACCGGUCGGCUCAGUCUGCUGCUGGAGAAGAGAAAGGGGGGCUUUACAAGGGACAUACACACACAUUCACACACUCAGAGUCUCUGCUGCAUCAAGAGGUAGAAGAGGAGAGCGGAGGAGGGUACAGAGGGACACACAGACUGGGAAUACUCCAGUGGACUGGAUUGUUGAGAGACUUGUGUGUGCUAAUAUGCUGGCGUGCUCCGCAGGGGACUCUGAGCACCAGGGAGUUUGACAGGAUCUCAGUGCACCUGCUCCAUGUACACUGGUAAGAUGUCUCAUUUAUUUCAAUAAUCAACACUAUACUGUCUCUGCUUUGUUGCCUCCCUGUGUGAUUGGUGUACAUAUACUGCUGUGUUUAACUGGACUUAAUAGUUUAUGUGGAUUUGCCUGCAUUAGUGCUGUAUGGGCACACAGAGUUCUUGUGUUGAAGUUGCUCUCUUGUUCCCCGGAGAAUCAUAAACUGUGCUGCAGUCUGUAGAGUUGGAAUCAAAACACAGGAACUGAUCUGAAUGUUUCAAUCACAUCUGUUUCACAUGAGUACAAUAAUUUAUAUCUAGGGUUGGUUAAAUUCUUAAUAAGAAAUGAAUCAGACGUAAGACUACUUCUCACACUUAAUUCAUAUCAAAUGGUCUUGAAAGUGACUUAAAUUUGUGUUUUGAUGUAAUGUGCUCAGAAACCGCUCAGUCGAAGAAUUGUUAUAUGGCUGCAUGUACCAUUUUCCAUGACAUCAUGGAGAGGUUUAUGCUCAAAGCAGCAGCAAAAUGACCUGAUGGAAGUUGGUAGUUUUUGCCACCUUUUUUUAAAAAGAAAAUAGCAAAUAAAGAUAAAGAUAAAACAAUAUUCCUCUUUUAGGGGGACUCAAUUAGGAGUAACUGUCAACAAUGCUGAGUAAAGUUUAAUAUUUGUUUUCUAGAGCCACAUGGCAUUUGUGGAUAACCCUAAGCAUCAAAGGUUCACCUUUGACCUCUGUUUAAAGUUAAAUUUUAUCAUCACAACAUGGUCAGAUUGUAUGCACCAUACUUAAAGUUUGUGACCCUAUAAAACAGUUGUUCACUCUUUGGUUAUAGUCACAACUAAGAAAUAUCAUUUGAGCAAACUGUUCCAGAAAAGAGUGAAUGAUCCUGCUCACAUUGUUUGAUUGUGCCACCUCGUAGAGCUUCUUAAUAGGGAUUGCGGUUAAAUGUAAUCCACUCUUUAUUCUUUUAUACUUAACACACGUAGGUGAAGGUGUAAAUGAAAGUUAAUCAAAAGCUUCUUGGCAGUUUGGGAAACAUCCUGUUAAUGAUGAAAUAGCUUAAACCAUGGCUUGAAAUACUUUUCUACUUCUCUUCUAAUAUCAAGAAGAGCAAAGUUUACAUAAAGAUCAAAGAUUAAAACCUCCAACAAUUUCACCCACUUGACCCUUACAUUGAAUGCCUCCUUAAGCUGGAGGUAAACAAAGUUUAUAACUACUGAGAGAAUGGCGAGGGAGGUCUUUUGCUCAACAGUUGGUUUGCGCAAUCAGGGGGAUGAUUCCUCAGCUUAUCUGGUUAUUUCUCAGACUUGGAGAACACAAGUGAGGGGACGAAGCUUUGUCGUUUGAUUGUUGUGAGCUCUUAUCCAUUAUCAGCAGAGGAUCAGAGGGCUCUAAUGUUUAACUUCAAGCUAACAUAGCUGCCAAACUAGUAUUUGAAUAAAACAGAGACCAUCAGUUUGGAUUGUUCGAGGGACAUGAACACCUAAACCAGCAGCUCCUCUUUAGUUUAGUGCUGCUGAGUGUCCAGAAGUGCUUAAAAUUGGAAAAUAAUUAACAGGGACUGGUUUAAUGUCCACUGUUUUACUAGAUAUAGAAGUAACAGCAUCUCCCUAUCUGCUGGUGAUGUUUACUAGUGAGGAUCAGGUUGGUUGGCAGCAGCAAGCACAGGAUUUAUUUUUGUCAAUCGUGUCUUUUUGGUAGUACUCAUCUUUUAAAAGCAAUAGAACCACUGUUUGCAGCCGGAGGACAUGUUUUUGAAGUCAGAUUUGAGGGAUUGUUUUGUUGUCAGAGCACAGAAAAUUCCUGCUUUUCCCUUUUCUGCUUUCCUCCCUCACAGUUAGUUCACAGGUCGGCCUCCUCACCCCCUACCAAGAGCUGCAUUUUGCUAAUUCUCCCCUCUAACAUUCCAGUAACAGGUAUUACAUUUGUAGGCAAGUGAGUGAAACUGACAGCUUGUUUGCAGCAGGAUUAUUAGAACUGCUUGGGGACAGGUCCAACAGUGAGUGAGCGGGAUCUGCGUCAUAUGUUGUGAGGACCAAAUCUGCUUAACCUACUUUAGUUUUGCACAAAAUAUCUUGGAGCUCACUGGAACUCCAGGAUGGCAGCUUGUUGCCAUCCAAUUUGUUGUUCAUCAAAAUUUCAGAGGUGGCAAAUUAUUAAAGGAGCAACAUGCCUCUCUGUUUAAGAAGAGAUGUGAAAUACUGCUCUUUUUAUUCAGUCAUACAAACAAAAUCAGAGACCAGAGACCAGAGAAAGCAGCAUGUCCACCUGUAGAGAAUGAGAACCUGAUAAAAUCUGAUUUUAGACCAAGAAAAGUAUUGGCUGCCAUUAACUCUAUACAGUGCAGCUGCUUCUGGUAAUAAUAUUUUUUGGUGAAAUAUUUAUUUUACAUUGUAUUGACUGGAAAUUUCAACCAAAAACAUAGACAGAAACCCUAAACUACAGAGUGAUUAUUGACAAAAUACAAUAAUUCUGCAGAAAGAGCUUUAUAUUACACUGGACAUGAAGACUUUACUGUUUAAGGUGGCCCAGCUUCUUUAACUUGUUUACACUGCCAGGUAGUUCAGUCCUGUGGAUUCAUAAAUUUAGGGGUCCAGCGAUGACUGCCGAAAAAGGACAAAGAAAAAGCUAAUUUCUGUAUUCAGUUUUCCACAUUUACAAUCUUCUUUCCACAAAAUGUCAUAGUUUUGCCUCAAGAGGCAGUAUUUUUUUUUACUAUGGAGCCAUCUGAAGUGUUUGAACAGCCUGUCACCCUUAACAAGGAGCCACAACUACACACAAGUCUUUUAAAAGUUAAAGGUCAAAAGGAUUGGGAACAAUUUACCUCACGUAUAGUCACAGUUAAUUACCGGGUAAAUGAAAAGAAAUAGAAAGAAAUGAAAAAAUCCAAUAAUGGAACAGUAGUGUAAAGUACGAUAAAGUUUACAGAUUUAAGUUUAAAAAGGAACAUCAAAAUGUACAUUGUCACUUUUACACACUGUAAAAAAUCUACUUUCAAACUGAAUCUAAAAUCUCUGAGAGUAAAUUUCAGUCCCAAAGUUGUGGUCAGUCAGAGGAGAUCUUUCCAUUUCUCAUUUGUCCUCAGGAACUUUUUCUAAGCAGGGCUCCAUUCAACACUGCACCCUGUUUUUUUCUGAAGUUCAAGGACAUUAAGAUGUGCUCAGAAUACCAAGCAGUCCGUCUGGUUUUACCUCAAAAGAAUCAUUUGGUGAUGAACUCGAGUUGAUUGAUACACCUGCUGUCUUCUCAGCCGCUCAGAUUCACAGCAGCCAGCGCUCUGUGAGUAAAUAACUACUGUACUGUUUGUGAGGGUGAAAUACCAGUGAGGGCUGAAAUGUGAGGGCAACGUGGCAACAAAAAAAGCAGGGGGGGGAUUUUGAAACUCAAGGGGCCCCUGCUCCCCUUCAAAGCACAGUGUGACAAGAAAGUUAAUGUGUCCAAGUGCUGUUAAUAUUUAACACUAUCCCAUGCAAUAUGCAUGGACAAAGGUAACAAUGUGUCUGGAAAUGUUCCUAAUUAAUACAAUGGCUUUCUUUUUACAAGAACAAACAUGUUUUCCUGACACACACACACACAAAGAGGAAAAAAAAGUAUCUUGCUUGUCUAUCUUUCCUUGGCAGUUAAAUCUUAACUCAUUUAUACACUUCAAAGCAACAUCACACCACAAUGUGUUGCUAACAACAGUCAAUGACAGUGAUUGAUUAUGAGGACCGCUAGAGAAGUACGGAGACAAAUGAGGGUUGAACAAUCUGUUAGUCUGAAAAACAAAGUUAGAAGUGAAAAACUCGAAUCUUGCCAAACAAGCUUAAAGUGAAAUUACACAGCUAGCGUCUUCUCAUAGAGGGGGGCUAGACCUCACAUUUAUGUAAACUAAUGAGACACAGAUCCGUCUAGAGUGUGAAUGUUUGUAUUUCAUUGGUGUCACUCUAUCUGUCCAGAUUAUAUGGUGGAGCUGAUGUGUGCCAUGGCCAGCCUGGACCUGCAGGUUCUCAUACACACAGAUUUGUGUUAUCAUUACUUCCCGACCAAGCAGCCCAGCCCAAGGAUCUGACCGCUCCUCCCCUCCCUCUCCCCACUCCCUCCCUCUCCCUGGGUGUCCCUCAAUCCCAGGCCCACCAUGGGAGGAUGCUUCUCCAGAACCAAACCAGGUAACAUGUAUUCCUAUCCUGAAGUAGAACUCGGUUUGAAAGAAAAGAAAAAAAAAACUAUGUUUGAUUUACAGACAUAAAAAUGCUCAUUUUGUUACAAACUAAUUUGUUACAAGUUGUUAUUUGAGUCUGUGAUAUUAUGAGGUGUUUGUGUUGUCUUAUCUACCCCUGCAGAUGUUAUCUUAUUAAGUAUUGAGAGUAAGGUUGGACAGUCUCAUUUGAUAAUUAGUUUAUAUGUCAUACUCUCUCAGAUCAACAGAUCACACUGACAAAAGCUGGAAAUUAAACAGUAUUGGUUAACCCUCCUCCUGUGUUAGAGUCUGCACCGACUCGUUUUUGAUUUUAAAUGCUUAAAAGAACCACAUAAAUUCACUGUUUCGCAUCAAGACUUUUUGACUUUGUCAGCAACCUCUAUUUCAACAAAAUAAAAAUUAAAAAUUAAAUUGACUGAAUUAUAAAAAUGAUGGCACUUGUCAUGUUAAGGUUGCUGUUGACCUGGUUAGAUCAAUAUCUAAUAGUCGGAGCAAAAACUGAAAUCAUAAGUGCACUGUCAGGCACCACACUGACAGUCAGAUCCUCUUCCAAUCAUGUGAGAUUUAGGGAAUUCUCAUUUUGCCAUGUUUUUUCCUGCCCAAAAAACAACACCAGGCAUGUCCAGACAUGUGAGAUCAGUUCAGUAUGGAUUUCUGAGUGAGGGGUAUACUGACAAAGAAAGACCCGGAGGACCAAAUCAAAAAAUAUUAUAAGUAAUAUUUUCAUGAAUAUUGAAGCCUAACAAGGUAACCUAGAGAUGAGAACCCAAUUGGAUGAUAGAUAAUUGUUUUUAGUGUAAUUUACAGCUGAUUUAAGACACAGGUCAAAACCGACCCUUAACAUGGUGGGUCCGUAGUAAAAGCUAACACAGGAGGAAGGAUAAGUUUCAAUCUGAGAAAUUUUGAGUGCUGUUAAAGACGAAUCAUGAAAGUCCAGGAUUUUUUAUGAACAUUUUCUUCACAGGCAAGUCCAUGUAGCAGAUGUGAAGAUUAAGUAGGUGAAUAAACUGAAGGCAUAUGGGCAAUAUGAAUAGAAACUGAUUUCAGUUUUAGUAUAUUAAUAUCUUAUAUGAUACGCUAUUUCUCAGGGGGAAACUUUUCUUUUUCUCAGUAAAAAUUAAAAAAUGUUUUCUCAAAAAUAUAUCAUGGAAAUUUUGUUCAGUUUGAAUCCUUUCAUAGCUACCUACAGCCUCCAAAUCCUGCAACACAUCACAUUCAGCCUCCUCUGCGCACUGUAUACUGUUAUGUGUGGGAGGAAUUUCAAUGCUCUCUGUUGCAUCCGUGGUCAAGGGGAUUACAUACUGAGACCUGAAUAGAAAAAUAUGACAUAAUCAGUCUGUUUACCAUUUUUCACUGCUCCAUCCCAGUUUUACAGAUGAUAACAAAGUUGUGUGUAGAGAACUUAAGGAACAUGUGGACACCAAACAAAUCCAAGAUGAAAGAAGAAAUAAUUUGUUCAGUUCAUUAUUUCAAGGUUAAAAUGAGGAGGAAUAGAUGCUUGUUGACUAAUAGGUGAAAAGAGGCCUCAAAUGACUACUAAGUUUGUGUCACUCACAAUGCUACCUCCACCUGAAUUAGGUCACAUAAUGGUAAAUAAGAUAAUGACCAACUGUUGAAAACCCUUGAAAUUAUGGGAUUAUAUGUUUGAUACCAGUGAUGAUAUUCCCAGAAACAUUUCCAAGAUAUGUAAAGCAGUUGAAGAUGAUGACGCUCCUCACUUCACAAGUCUAUGUCCAAAGAAAAUAAAUUAAACUUUUAGAUUCAGUCGGUUUAAAUACUACAUGAAAAAGAAUUCAACAUGAGGGUAAAUCAUAAUUUUAGAGUUCACUGUCAGACCCUGAUUUACGAAUUAUGGCUGAUGCCGUCCCUUUUUCUUUGUAGCCUGAAGUGACUGUAUUGAUGCCAGAGGGUGGCACAUUGGGGGAGUAUGAGGUUAACAAACGCAAGGUCAUGCAGUUAGUGUUGGUAGGCUACCUGAAAGGGCUUGUAUAUUUGUUCAACUAAACAACUCGUGUAUGCAGCAAACUUGUCGCUCACUUGACCACCUUCUAAAGGGGAGUAACUUUUAAGAAACUUAAAGAAACUUAAAAGUUGUCAUCAUCUCACGCUAUCUUCUCCAUGUAUAAAUCAAUGAAUCUUAAAGCCCAAACAAGCUAAUAAACCAGCUUGGCCACCAAUACAUGCUAAUUAGAGCUAGUAUAUAAAUUAUCGAGUCCAUUGCUGAAAACCUGAAGCAUGUACACCACCUGGAUGGUCUGUUAGUACCUGAAACUGGCAGCACUAGUCAGCUCUUUCAGUGACUGGCUUCUUCACCUGCAGAGUGUGACAGAGAGAUACCGCAAGUCCUUCCUGCUGCAGUCAGACUGUUCAACAGGCCUGCUACCAGUAAUCCAGUUUUGUUAUAAAAGGAUGAAAUUUAAGUUUGCAAUAAUGAUGACACUAUAUACAUGAUAUUUACUCAUUUUAUUUAGAUUUUAAGGUCAGAGCUGUAAUAUUGCAGCAUUAGGAAGCUUUAUGUCAGCUAUCCCUUUGUACACUCUUGAAAAAGAGACUUCUGAUCUCAACAGGACUAACCUGGCUCAAUAAAAAGAAAAUUGUCCUCCAUUUCUAACAAAUAAUUUCAGGGCUGGGACCGUGUUCUAGUCCAAGUCAUAAAAAGACCAAUAACUGGUGAAAUAAUAAAAUUAGUACUCUUGAACCUAGAAACAAAAACAUGGUCAUUGAAUUAAGAUGAAACUAACACAGUUUUGUGUGUUAAUGGAUACAAACUCAUAGGAACUCAUAGAAAGCUUAUAGGAACAGUGCGCUUUUUAUAUCAUGUGAAAAUCAUUGAAGGUUGUAAAUUCUGUGAAAUUUCACACCAGGAUCAGAACAUCUUGUACCAGCUCACAAGUGACCAAAAUGUCCAGGUUAGAGCUUUAACAUUGUCAAGCUCAGACAAAGCCAUCAGAGAAUUGUUUUUGGAUCAGCAGAUAACUUUUUAGUGCAGAUUAAAUAAAGUAUCUGUGUGACAAUGAAGCAGAAGCACCUCUUUAGCUGUGGAAAGCUUUCUCUUUCUUUUCUUCUGCAAUUGUACUCACUAUUAUGAUUUUCCAUUGAUUUUAAUUAAGGUUUGCUCAGCAGGAGAAAAUUCCAGCCAGAUUACUGUGUAAGAACCGGAUGAUCAGCACAUUUUUCCAGCCGGACAGAUAAAGCCUGCUGCAGUGAAGAAAAAAAAAAAAAGAGUUACACAACCAUUUCUUAAUGUUCAGAAAUAUAUACCAAACAAGGGAGUCUGACAUGUUAGCGAAGAUUAUAAAUGCCUCAGAAUAGCCGGCAGCAAAAUCUUAGAUGCUGACUUUUAUUACUCUGCAACAGUCUUCGAGGAUAUGUAUGUCACAUAGAAUUGACAUUAUUUUCUCCUUGUCAAUCUCAGUCAAUCUGAUAAUCUUUAACUUUUUUCAUUGUCUUUUAUUCAUCUUUGAAAUUCUUUUGCACUUCUGGAGAUCUGUUUAUUUGAUUUUUUUACCCUCUUUUAUUUUCUUUUGACCUCUGCUGACCUUUUGCAUCGCCUUUUGUUCUUUCCUUCUAUUAUGUUCUGGUGAAUUUUCUAGACCUUUCUCUGUUUUAUUUAUUUGUUUAAUUUUUCCUGUAUUUUUAUUAUUAUUUUUAUUAUGAGGUUCUUCACUGGCCUGAGACCUCUCACUCACCACUGUGCACUACAUGAGCAAGUUGGAUGGUCUUCCUUGUCCUCAUGGAGACUACAACACUGGCAGCUAUUUAUUUAUAAAGCAGUUCUCAGUCUCUUACCCUCCUAACUUCUUACCCUCAUUAGUAAUAUGUGCUCUCACUAUCAGUCCCAAGAGUCAGGACUGAUCUGGCAAAAAGGAGUUUAUGUUUACUGCCCCUUUUACCUGGAGCAAAUUUAAUAUAAGUCUGAAACUCAAAGACUAAGUCUCUUUGAAUGUUAAAAAAAUGUUUAGUGACUUGGAAGCAGACUCAAAUGUCUGAAAUCACCUUUACCAUAUCAUCAGGCAUUUAGAAAAUGUGCUAAAUUAAAAUUCUGGCUUCCGUAAUUUCAAUGGAUUGUUUUGAUAGGACAUCUAUCUUUCUUUGUACAGUUGAAGUUAAAGUGGAACUCUCGCUCCUGGAAAAAGAAAAAGAGGUGGACGGACUCUCUCCUAAUGGCAAAGCGAGUCCCUUUGCUGACAGCAGACCUAACGGGGCCCUGGGACACGGCUCUGAUGAGGACUCCACCGCACUAUAUCACAAACCACGGGACUAUGUGGAGGUCUCCGUCUGCCAUGUCAAGGAUCUGGAAAACGGACAGUAAGGGUUUUCCAAUCUGCUUUUUUAUUUAAUGAACAAAAAUUAAAAUGACAAAAAUCAACAAAUAAGCUUAAUGGAAGAGAGGGAUGAAACUAAAUACCUUUGUACCCCUAAUUUAUUUCACUCAUUGUUACUAUUAGAGUGUAAGAGGCUCCAGGGAACUUUUUAUCUGACUAAAAGGUCUCAUGUAUUUCUUUAAACAACUCCAUUAAGCACUUCUGAAUGGAAGCAAAGUCAUCUCGUUGUUUUGUGUGUACAACAGGAUGCGUGAGGUCGACCUUGGGUGUGGUAGAGCUUUGUUGAUCAAAGAGCAUGGGGAGUUUUCAGCCAUGGGGCACAAGUGUCCACAUUAUGGAGCACCCCUAGUCAAAGGUGAGUGAUUUAUAUUUUUAGAGAUGGUUUUAACCUUCCUGAUCUUAUAUAAAUUUGUGAACUUACAUUUUUGGUCCUUCCAGGUGUGUUGUCAAAAGGCCAUGUGCGCUGUCCCUGGCAUGGCGCCUGUUUCAACAUCGCAACAGGAGACAUUGAGGACUUCCCUGGACUGGACAGCCUGCCAACCUUCCAGGUGACCUUCUACUCUGGUGCUGUCUCUUAACACAUUUAAGGGAUUACCAAAGAAUGUACACAUUGCUCAUGUCUGUUUACUCCAGGUCAGAGUUGAAAAGGACAAGGUGAUCAUUCGAGCAAACAAACAGGUAACAAGAAAAAAAAGGAAAGAAAUUUGUGCGGAAAAAUUAACAGGCACCUUAUUGAUCUGCAAUCUGUUUUUUUUUUUUUAUAAAACACAAACAUUUCCAGGCUCUUCAAUCACAAAAAAGGUCAAAGCCAAUGGCCCGAUGCUCUGCAGUCAUCAACUCCAACACAGGCUUCAGUCAUGUUCUCAUCAUCGGCUCAGGUCAGUGAGUCUCCAUCCUUUCUUCAUUUCUUUACUGAGUAGUUCAUACCUUUUAAACUACUUUUGAACUCUUCACUGACUGUUUCUGCAGGUCCAGCGGGUCUGGUGUGUGCGGAGACGCUGAGGCAAGAGGGCUUCACAGAUCGCAUUGUCAUGUGCACCAUGGACAGACACCCUCCAUAUGACAGGCCUAAACUGAGUAAGGUUUGUACACAGAACCAGUCUACCACACAGAUCUAAGCAAGACAAAAAACUUACUCAGCAGUCUGCAGAGGCGCUUCUUUGGUCAGUGAUGCUAAAAAAGAUGCUCUUUGGGAAACAGCUGCACCUCACAACAGAUACUGUAGAAGUAAACAGGUGUUAGAAAUGUUACUAAGAGUAAAAUGAUGUGGCUUUGGCCAUUAAGAAGCUUAAAGUUCAUACUAGGUUUGAAAAGAUUUGCUUGGAAAAGAUUUUGUUAUCAUCCAGGGAUUAUUUCUUCACUUGAUUCACUUUUUUUAUUGAUAAAUUUUGCUCUAACUGAAUGAUCCUCAGUCCCUAGAGAGUACAGCAGAGCAGCUGAGACUGCGCUCCAUGAGCUUCCUACAGGACCAUGACAUCGAGCUGCUCACAGAGAAAGAGGUGAAAGGUCAUUCCCUCAGAACCUGAACUGAUAACAUAACACGUCAAGGUGGAUCAACACAUACUCAAGAUCUUUUGUUUGUGUGAACUGUAAUACUGUAUGAUUCUGUGAUGUUUGUAUCAGGCUGUCGCAAUCGAUGUGAAAACACGAUCUGUGACCUUUGAAGACGGCUUGAGGAUGGAGUACAGGAAACUCUUUAUUGCUACAGGAAGCAAGUAAGGAAAAAAAAGUCCUUACAAAUAAUGAUGAAAAAUAUUAAACUUUUGAAAUGAAAGCUGAUUUCUUAUAUUUUUCUACAUUAAAGACCAAAACCAAUGAACUACAAAGGCAAGGAUGUCAGGAACGUGUUCCACCUCAGGACACCCGAGGAUGCUAACAGUAUAGCAAAACUGGCAAACAACAAGAACGCUGUGAUUGUGGGGACAUCAUUUGUUGGUAAGACAAAAUUAUGAACAAAUUCCUCUUGAUUUUGCUAAUAAACAAGGAAAAUAAUAUUCGUUUGGCAAAUCUUAGCUGCUUCAUCCUGUCUCUUCAUCAAUACUCGAUAAUAACGUUUUGACUUACUCCACCUGGGAGCUAGGUAUUACAGUAACCUGUGACCAAUGCUGUCUUACAUACAUCUAAUGAUGCAUUUCCCUGUAUAGAAAUAAUAUUAGUAUUUUGAUUUACAUGUGAAAUAACAUAGACAUUAAUAAUAAAGUUAUUUUAAUGAGGAGCUUUUUUAAAAAGUACUCAAACAAAAACAAAGAAAAAAGCAUUAUUGUUAAUGUAGGAAACCAGAUUAGUCAAUAAACUCAUGCAUAAACUAAGAUUCAUUAUAUUAUCUUCUACAAUCACACCAUAUACAAGCUCAUCUUUUUCUGCACUGCAAUCAUAAGAGCUACUCUCAAGAUACAACUGGGUCAUUUUUUCUUGGGUCACUAACAGUUUGUAUUUCUUUUAUCAGUUAUUAAAAUACAGCCCCCGUUUCUAUGAUCGUCACAGCAAUUGUUUCAUUCUAUGUUUGUCUAUGUCGAGUCUCUGCACGAGCUGCUGAGGAUAUUGUUUGUACGCUGUUUUUAUUUCUGUGUGUAUGUUGGCAGGCAUGGAGGUGGCUGCGGCUCUGACUGACAAAGCCCACUCAGUCUCUGUCAUCGGGAUUGAGACGGUUCCCUUUAAAAACGCACUUGGAGAGAAAUUAGGGAAAGCCAUAAUGAAGGUAAACGAACAUACUCAUAGGCACACACACUGGCAUAGAUCAUAAAGCACUGCCUCAAGAAAACUAGCAUUAUUUCUCUCUAUGUGAAAGAAGAAAACAUUGUGCUUGUUAAAAUGCAAAUGACAUGCAGGUGUUUUCUCUUGAAUACAGUGUGUGUGUGUGUGUGUGUGUGUGUGUGUGUGUGUGUGUGUGUGUGUGUGUGUGUGUGUGUGUGUGUGUGUGUGUGUGUGUGUGUGUGUGUGUGUGUGUGUGUGUGUGCGUGUGUGUGUGUUUGAUGUUGUCUCCACAGCUAUUUGAGGCGAACAGGGUGAAGUUCUACAUGCUGAACGAGGUGUCAGAGAUGAUUGGUCAUCAUGGACAGGUAUUCAGAAAGUGAGAGAAACAGCUUGACAUGAUGCUCAGAAGUACUUUCCACUGAAACUUAGUCGGAUGAGACGCACAAAGAGAUCUUUUUGUUGGCAAUCAACCAAAGAAAUUUAGACAAAUAAAUGGACAUACUUAUCAUGCAUCACACAGGAGUUGUCCUCAAAGGCCAACAUCUCGCCACCAAUAGGAGGAGGGAAGAGGGGUCCAUUUCAGUCAAGAAUCUGACACCUAGAUAUUGUAAUCUACACGAUUUCUAUGCAUUGUACCUUUAAGCCUUGUUGUACGGUAGAACAAAGAGCAUUUUAGCUUCUAUGUGACCAUUAUAGUCUCUGAUAAGUUGUAUCGUGCAGAAAAAGCAGACUACUAUUAAACAAGAUUUUGUGUGGCUUGUAAGUGGUACUUGUAGAUUUUUUCUUUCACAGCUUUAUUGAAAAUUAUAUUAACUAACAAUUUAGCAUUUCCAGUUUACGUUUCAUACAAAAUAGUAAUGCAGCAACGGCAUAUAUGACAAUGUAUAACAAUAAUUAAGCAAAAGAGAAAAAAAAAAGAUAAUUAAAAAUAAUAAUAAAUUAGGCGACAGACCUCUUUUCCCAUGAAGUAAAUAGUAAAUAGUAAAUUUAUAAUUAUUGUGACAAAUGAUUGACUGAACAUUACUGAAUAUAUGUUCACUAUGGGUAUGCAUUUCUUUAUUUGUAACCAACUCAAUAGACUUGAAAUAAUAAUAAACUUCAAUCAAAAACAUUUAAAUGAUGGUUAUUAGGGGUAAAAAUGUGCCACUCGAGUAUCUCUGUGGUUUUAUUCUGUAUUUCUUUCUUUCGCCAUGUCUCAUCAUUGCCUUGUUUUUUCUCUGUUUCACAGCUAAAAGAGGUGGUGUUAAAGAGUGGAAAGGUCCUGAGAGCAGACGUGUGUGUCAUCGGUGCAGGUGAUGUGAAAUUCUGUCAAAUCUUUUGUCUAUACUCUGUAUUUUGGAGAUUUUUUUAUCAAAAUUUCUCUCAUGACUUUCCUCUUUUCCAGGAAGUGUUCCCGCCACAGGCUUUCUGAAACAGAGUGGCAUCCACAUGGACUCCAGGGGCUUCAUCACUGUUAACAAGGUAAAGUAUGAAUCAUGAACCCUCUAAGUGUGUUAUGCCUCAUGUUUUUGAUGAACUCCUUCACAUUUUCUCUCAGAUGAUGCAGACAAACGCUGAUGGGGUGUUUGCUGGAGGAGAUGUGGUGAUAUUUCCUUUCCCUCCACGGAACAACAAGAAGGUGAACAUCCCUCACUGGCAGAUGGCUCACGUACACGGUAAGUGAGUUAUAGCUCUGUAUUGACUGCAUAUCUUAAGCUUUCCCCCUUCAGGGUGAUUAAAUGUUCUUUUGUUGUCAAACUUACUGACAGGGAGAGUGGCAGCUCUGGGCAUGCUGGGAAGAGCAACAGAGAUCAAAACUGUGCCUUACUUCUGGUCUGCCAUGUUUGGGAAGACCAUACGUUAUGCAGGUAUACUGGUUUAAAAGGGUUAAAAAGGUUUUAGUUGUUGACAUUUUAUCAGUGCGAUGAAGAAAGCAUGUAGCAGGAGGAGGCUCAGAGGUGGUCAAGUGUGGCUGACAACACUGCCACCUAGCUUUAAAAUAAAAAAACAGCACUGAGAGGACUUAAAGUUGAGCCUAAAGGGAAUAUAUGUACAGUAAGUUUCUGUGUGUGUGUGUCUGUGCGUGUAAAUGUGUAUGUAAAAUUUCUGUUUGUGAAGGUUAUGGUGAUGGAUUUGACGAUGUCAUCAUACAAGGAGAUCUGGACGAACUGAGAUUUGUGGCAUUUUACACCAGGUGGGUUUUUUUUAGUAUUGAUAUUCACUGUAGUCUAUGAUUUCAUGUUUUCCUUGUUUUUGAUCUUAUUUUAGACUCAAAUAAGUACUCACUGUCUGAUUUAAUCACAGCUACAUUCUGUUUUUUUUCUGUUGUCUGUCUAUAGGAGUGAGGAGGUGGUUGCUGUUGCCAGCAUGAACUAUGAUCCCAUUGUAUCCCGAGUAGCAGAGGUCUUGGGAUCUGGAAAGACGAUUAGGAAACGAGAUGUGGAGUAAGUAAGACCUAAAUCUGGUCAGUGUUACAAUAGUUGUUAUGUUCUUUAGGUUUCUCAGGUUCUACUGUGAAGAAAAACAUCAUAAAUAACAUCACUUUGACAGAAAACACAUCGAGGCAUGGAGCUUGUGACUUUAAUCACAUGAAAAGUAUUAUACGGGCAAACCGGUUAACUUAGUGAAACUACACCUCAGACCACUCCGAGAACAUCAGGUAGUUUUUAACUUUGACAUUUUAUUUAGCAUUUUAUUUUCCUUUGACGUUUCAAAAUUGUCUGUACAUGUUAUGACAGAAAAAAAAUAACAAUAUGGAGCUAAAUAUUGGAGCAUUUGUUCACAAGAGUGGGCAAAUAGACCAAGUUCUGAGACAGUAAAUCAGGUUCCUCCUUAGAAGUUAUUUUAAGAAUGACAGAAACUAUGUCAUCUAAAGGUCUGUAAAAGCCAUUCAUUAGAAAAUAGCUUACAACAUUUUAUUUUGAGAUGCUUCCUCAACUAUAUCAUGAGGAUUCACACAUUCAUCUUUUAGGAACCAUCUUUUCUUCAAUUCUUUUUCAACACAUUGUAGAGAUGUUCUGGUUUCUCACGACUAUUAUUGUUUGUCCACAAAUGUGUUCAAUUUAAGUAAACUAGCCACAACAGAUGUUCAAACACUUCACAGAUAAUUACUAGCAAUAACAGUACAACAUGGUUUUGAUGAUAAUAAAAUGAUAUCUAAUGAUAUAUUCUCUGCAGCUCUUGGUUUAAUUUACCACUUACACCAUAAGUGCUUAAUUUGUGGACUUUAAUUUCUCUUAAUUUGAUUUUAGAUUGAGUUUGAAAAGGUAACGACUUCCUGCUAUAAUAAAUAUCAAAUAGUCUUAGUCCUGUCCUGGAUUAAUUUUGUUAUCACUAAAAUAGCUAAAGGACCUACAAGACAGAGACUCACCACACAGUCAUGACAUUGCCGUGAUUGUAUUUUUUCAUGGUAUUCCACAUGUUUCUCUGUGUUUUGGUUUGAUUUUAUUUGUUGUGUUGCUCAUGUCUCUUAUGUCUUUCGUUUUAAUAAUGCAAACUCGAAAUUAUCAGGAUUUUAGCACGGCUUGGCAAGUAUGAAUAAAUCAGAGCUUUUUCUACCUUUCCUUUCAUUUACAUCUUUUGUUUGCAGGGUGUUGUUGUUAAUGUUGUUCACAUGCACAUGUCAGUGUGUCUCACGGCUUUUCUCCGGGUUUGCAGGACUGGGGACAUUUCCUGGUUGAUUGACAAAGGUUCUUAAUGACUUUACCUAAAGUCCUCCACGUUAUGGACACAUAUGGUGCUGUGACACUGAGCAGCUAUCCCGGUCUGAACACACUCCUGCAUAUACAGGAACCUGGGAACAGGACUUUGGAGACACACUCCCCUGAAAACACCAUCAAGGCUUGUUUUUCUUCCUAAGAGAGACACUGAGAAGUGACACACAGAGCCAUACACAGUUUGAGUACACUGCGUCACUGUGUUGGCAGGUCUUGAUGACAUUUUUACCGACAAAGCAAUACUGGAUUCAAGUUGUAUCUACCUGUACACUUUGUUAAUAAGAAGCCAAGGAUGGGCAUUGGAAUUUCCAUUUUGUACAAAUAACCUUGUGAAUAGUUCAAAUCCUGAAUGCACUGUAACAAAAACAAGAACAUCCAGUCUGAACUGAGAGUUUUUAAGUCUUCAAAACAGGUGAAUUUGGGUGAAUGCUCACAUUCUGGCCUUAGAUCUGCAUGCAAUUACAGACUUUAAUAAGACUUCAAGCAAAUAAGCCUCUUAAGCGAGAGUUUUAUAUCUAUAGGAACAAAAAGCAUUAUGACUUGCAGCAAAACCCUAAAUGCAGCUUUAAUCGGCCCACUAACACACAAACACACACAUGCAGCUUAAACUGUAAAACAAUGAUAGUUUCAAGGAUAACAACAUACUGUACCUCUUUGUAAUGGCUGCCUUGCUCAUAGAUUGCACAAAUUAUCUAAAGAUUAUCCUUUGAUCAGAUUAUAGUGCUUGCACAAUAGAUGGAUGUAUUUUCUUAACAAAUAGAAAUCUUCCCGUAGAGAAAUCCUUUAGUAGCUUCUUUUUCAUAGCUGGAAUAUUUUUUGUUACUAACUCAGGGAACUGAGGUUUGUGGCCUGGGCUGAUAAUGGUCAAUACUGCAACUAGGAAUGAAUUUGUUGCUUUUCUCUCUCCCUCCCAGCUAUUUUUAUUACCCCUUUAUGCAUUCAUUUUUAUCAAGAACUGCUUGUCAUGUUUAUAAAGCAGAUGAUUGGUUACAUCCUGAUGUGCUGAUGAUGACCCCAAAGUACUUGACACACAAGUCAGCAGAGUAUUUUAAAAAAAAAGAGAAGCCUGGAGUGGCAUUUUUUAACUAAACUUUGAAAUAAAAGUCUUCCAACAACAA